UGUGUGUGGAUGACAAUCUAAUAUUUUUUCAUUAGACACUAUGACGAUGAUGCAAGUAUAGUAUAAUAUCCAUAACCAUGAAAAGAGGUCCGCUAACUGAACCAUGGUAGUUAGUCUUCUGACGAUGAUCUGGCCAAUAUCUAAUCGUCCACAGCUACCUUUCAUUUCUUUUUACAUGCCCGCUAUCAUUAUCUCAACAAACACACCAUCACUAAUGUCAUUGUUUCUUUUCUAUCAGCUAUCUAUAAAAGAAUGCGCCUUUCUGCGGAUUCUUUUUUUUUAUUCGCUUCCAUUGAUGCCGUUUACAAGCCAAUCCAUAAACUAAUCGGUGAUUACUUCUUUGUGUGGUUGAUCCCACAAUGGGAGGCUCCGUUCCUUGAUUUUUUACUGCAAAAGUAGAUA